AUGUUAAAAUACCCACUUUCAUUGAUUUCUUUUUUCUUCAUACAAUUAAAUACAUGUAAAGAAUGUAAUGUAGAAGAUUUUUUAGAAUCACAAAAAAUUUUUCAAAAACAAUUAAAUUUAAGUGAAUUAGCUAAUUGGAAUAAUCCUACAAUUUUAUCACAUGAAUUAAAUAAAAUUUAUAUAAAUGGUUACAAUGGAAGUAAUGGUUUAGUUGAAACAUGUAAUGCUUAUGCUAAAAUGGGAUCAUAUUUAAAUAAAAAAGAUAUUUCAUUAUCAGAUUGUAUUUCAACAUUAUUUAUUUUAAAAAAUGUUAAAGAACCAUCAAAUGCACUUCUUUAUGUAUCAAUUAUAAAUACAAUGGAAUACCAAUGUAGUGCCGGAUUUUAUAACGGUAUUGCUCAAUGGAAAUGUUUAAAAAGAAUUUUUAAAUAUAAAUAUGAUGAUUUAAUGAAAUGUGUAACUACAAUGCUUAAUGAUUAUAUGGUAGAUUCAAUAAAUAUUUGUGAAUUAGUUAAAACUUCUAUAGAUUGUCAGACAAAAAUAUUUCGCGAUAUUUGUGGAAAUAAUCAAGCUACAUAUUAUGGUUGUGAAUCUUUCCAUCAAUUUACUGAUCAUUUGUGGCCUAUGUGUGAAAAUACGUGCAAUAUUUUUGAUUAUUAA